AUGACAUUGACUUGGUUCAUCACCGGCUGCUCCAGCGGCUUUGGUGCAUCACUCGCCCGCCAACUCCGUGCUGCGGGCGACAAUGUCAUAGCCUCUGGCCGUAAUGCCGACACAAAACUCUCCCACCUCAAAGACACAGGCGCAGCAAUUCUUGACUUGGACGUCGCAUCGUCUCCCGAGGUGAUCAAGGCCAAGAUCGACGAAGCUUGGGGUAUUUACAACGGGAUCGAUGUGCUAGUCAAUAACGCAGGGUAUAUCUUAUCCGGUGCGAUUGAGGAGUUAACGCAGGAGGAUAUGGAAAAGUCUUUCCAAGUCAACUUCCACGGACCUAUGAACAUCACUCGUGCUGUUCUGCCGCAUCUCAGGAAGAGGGGAUCUGGAACCUUACUCUACGUCAGUUCCCAAGCCGCCUGGCACGCGGAUCCUAGCGCAUCAGGAUAUUGUUCCAGCAAAUUUGCACUCGAGGGCGCUGUUGAAUGUCUUGCCAAGGAACUCGCCAUCUUCGCCCCAGACCUGAAAGUGCUUCUGGUCGAGCCAGGCUACUGCCGCACACCUGUGUUCAACAACAUCCAGCACGUGGAGGCAAGGGUCCCAGAGUAUGCACCGUUCAAUGAAGCAGUGCGUCAAGCUGAGGCUACGUUGACAGCAAAUUCUCCUGGAGACCCCGAAAAGGCAGUUGCCCGCAUGAUAGACUUGGUCAAGAAGAGAGGGUUUGCAGAGGGGAAGAGUGUGCCUUUACGUGUACCUUUGGGCUCGGAUAGUUGGUUUAGAAUGAAGAGCAAGUGUGAUGAAACGCUGGAAAUUUGCAGGGAUUGGGAGGAGUUGGCUAAGAGUGUAGACAUCUAG